UGUCCUUUCAGCUUCUAAAGAUUCUUUGACUGUAAAAGUCGAAGUUCAGGAAGGAGCUCCAUCUGUUCUGCUUCCCUGUCACUACAGCAAAGUAUUAGAAGAGAUUGCUACAGUGAAAUGGAGCCGCUUUGAUCUCAAUCCCAGUUCUGUCCAUAAACGGAGAGAAGGAGACGACCUACAGGAACAAAAUCAGCAGUUCAGAGGACGAACAUCAAUGAGACCUGAUGCUCUAGACUCUCAGGACUUCAGCCUGACUCUGAAAGAACCUCAACCUUCUGACAGCGGCGUCUACAUCUGCAGCAUGAUUGAUAAGACAGAAGAACUGCUGUCAGAUGUUCAGCUUUAUGUCAGAGAAAUAUUUCCCACCUGGUCCAAAGUUCUGCUGGUUCUCCUGGUUCUGCUGGUUCUUCUUGCUGUUUCCGGCCUUUUGUUUUAUUUCCGUCAUUAUUUCAUAUCAGUCUACAGGGUGGAGGUGGAUUCAGGAGAGGAGUCUGUUCUGCUGCCCUUUAAAACUGCAGUCCGUCUGCCUGAUGAUGUCACAGUAACAUGGAGGAACAGUGAGGAGAUGGAGAUCUACACGAGUUCCAGGAGAUCCAGGAUCUGGUCUACAGACCAACACUGGUAUUAUAAAGGCAGAACAGAGAUGAAGAAAAAACUAAAAUCUGGAGACUUCAGUUUGACCCUGAAGAACCCGACAGUCAGAGACUCAGACAUCUACACCUGCACCGUCUGUGAUGCCUCAGGAAACCUUCUGACUAGGAAACAAGUUCAGCUUGAGGUCAAAGCUGGAGCUGAUUCUUUCAUCAUAGCCAUAGACGUUGGUCAUGGAUACAGCGGCUACGCCUUCAAUGUCAAACCCAGACAGGAAGGAGGUGAGGCCCAGUUAAAGAGAUGGGAUGAAGGACUUGGACUGGACCGCCCAAAGACUCCAACCUGCAUCCUGUUGGAUGAAGAUGGAAAAUUCCUGAAGUUUGGUUCUGAAGCUAAAACAGCGUACAGCAAAAUGAGAGGAGAAGAAACUGAGAAACAUUAUUUCUAUGAUGACAUCAAGUGGUAUCUCUGGAACCCAGUGAGUAAAAGUAAAGAUCUGCAGAUAGAUCUUCAUCAUCAUCUUCUUCAGUUCAGUUUAAAUAAUGAAAUAAAGGUCAGUUGGUCAACCAACCUGUUUGGAUCCAAUCAACUAAAUCAAACCUUUUCACAGAGAUACUGGUCAGACAGACUCCCAGCAGCCAACAAGAAGGAGAAAAUGACGCUUCUGGAGGUUGUUAGAGAGGUUCUGAGGUUCCUGAAGGACGAUGCUCUGAAAACCAUCAAAGUUCCUCCAGAAGGUGGAGAGUUCAGAGCCUCUGACUUCACCUGGGUGCUGACUGUUCCUGCUGACUGGCCUGAUGGGUCUAAAGAGCUCCUGAUGGAAGCUGCAGUUCAGGCUGGUCUUGUAACAGAAGAAACUAGAUUCAGACUGAUGUUGGUUCUGGAACCAGAAGCAGCUCUGGCCUGGUGUCUGAAGCCUCCAUCUGAUGGUUCCAUCCAACAGAACCACAGCAGAGACUCAGCGGAUCGACCUCCAGGACCAACAGAUGCUGCUACCAGCUGUACUGAUCCACCAGGAGGUCAGGUAGCAGUUCACUUUGGACCAGAACCAGAAGAAACCACAGUCCUGCUGGAGACCCGACCCAGAGGAGGAGGACGGUACCUUGUUGUGGACUGUGGAGAUUAUUCUCACUUCGCUGUUUAUGAAGUUCUGGAAGGAGGAGCUCUGAAGAAGCUGCAUCAUGAUGGUGGAUAUCUGGGAGGACGAGAUGUGGACGAUAAAUUCAAAAAGUUCCUCAGUAAAAUAUUCUCUUAUAAAUUGUGGGAAGAACAUGAAGCAAACUUCCCCAAUGAGGUUCAGGAAAUGAUGGAUGAUUUUCUCCGUGUCAAACAUGUGGAUGAAGAUGUUCAGAUCUGCUGCCCAGAGAACCUGAGAAAACAGGCUGAGAAAGAGAAAAACAUUGAAAGGUUCUUUGAUUCAGUGGGAGGAGCUUCCUGGGAUGAUGGACGCAUCAGGAUCUCCAGAGACACUCUGAGGUCUUUCUAUGAUCGGAGUCUGCAGACCAUCACCUGGAAGAUCUGGGAAAUAUCAGCCAAAUAUUCCAACAUUGGUUGUAUUGUGUUAGUGGGGGGCUUAGCUGAGAGCCAGAUUCUACGUCAGAACAUCACUGAUCAGUUUGGAUCUAAGUAUAAAGUUCUGUGUCCUCUUAGACCCCGGGAAGCCGUCCUGAAAGGAGCUGUAGAGCUGGGAAGAAACCCAAAGUUGGUUCUGCCUCAGAGAAAAGGUCCAGCCUGCUUCAGAUGUUUUUCAUGACGUCUUUUUCUCUGACUGGGAUCUUUCUGGGAUCAGUCUGUCAGGAAGGAGCUGAGGGGGAAGUUUAUUCCUGGAGACCAAAUGACCAUCAGCUACUAAUAAAGUUCUGACCCAGUGGUUCUGAUCCGGUGGUUCUGAUCUGGUCCUGCUGAGGUCCAGACUUUUCCUCUGAUGAACUUCUAGGUAUCAGAAUCACGUGUUGGACUUUGUUGGUUCUGUUGGGUCCAUUUAGGUUCUGGUAUUUAGAGUCGUCUUUAGGUUCUGAGGUUCUUAUCGGUCGUUUCCUGUUUGAUUUGGGUCAGUUGGACUCUUCCUGUUCUGGGUUCACUUUACUUCCUGUUUUCUCUGGUUCUGAGUUUCUCCUGUUGGUUCUGGUUCUGGUUUCCUGUUUCUGAGGUUCUGGUCUCUGUGUUUAGUCGUGGUUCUUCCAUUUCUUCUGUUUGGUUCCUCUGGUUUCUAUCUCAGAUGGUUCCUCUGCUAAUUGUUCUGAUCUGGUUCUGGUUCCACUGAUCAGUUCUCCUCAGUAUUUAUUCUCCUUUGGUUCUUCAGGUUCUGCUGGUUCUGCUCAGUCGGCUUCGUCUCCAUCUUUGGGUUUGUUUGGUUCCAUGUUCUUUAGUUCAUGGUUUUACUUUUCUAAGUUUCUGUUUCAGUUGUUAAAUCUCUUUAUUUCUCCUCCAUCUUCCUGCCUCCUUUCUGCAUCUCUGGAUUUAUUUUUCUAUCUUCUGUUUUAAAAUGUUGGACCUUGUGUUUCUGCUUGUUUGGUUCUGAUGGACCUUCUUCACUUCCUGGUUCUGGUCCUUGGAUUGUGAGGUUUGAUCCUGGAAGUAGAG